UGGAGAGAUAAACCCCACCAUGCAGGGCGCACCAGCCGGACUCAUUGAAGUGACGCACUCGGAAAGGAAGCUGCUCGGUUCCGGAAACAAAGACAUGUGGCUGCAGUCGGUGCUGCUGCCUCUCCUCCGGCUCUACUACUGCGGGAUCCGAGUCCUCAUCUACCAGAUGUUCAACACAUCUUUUACUCUACCAGUCUUACCCAAGCAGAAUGGAAGGGUUGCCAUUGUGACUGGGGGUACCAGAGGAAUGGGUUAUGAGACAGCGAGACACCUGGCAAGCCUUGGCAUGCAUGUUGUCAUAGCUGGGAACGAGAGAGAGGAGGGCAGAGCAGCCGUCAGGAGGAUUCAGGAAGAAGGCUGCGAGGGGAAAGCUGAGUUUGUCUUCAUAGACCUGACCUCCCUGAAAUCAGUGCGACAGUUUGUUCAGGCAUUCAAAGAGCGCCGCCUCCCCCUCCAUGUCCUGGUGAACAACGCUGGAACUAUGAUGGUUCCUGAGAGACAGACGGAGGAGGGCUUCGAGUUCCACUUUGUGCUCAACUACCUGGGCCACUUCCUUCUGACCAACCUGCUGCUGGACACACUGAAGACGUCGGGACGACGGGGCGGCUGCUCCAGGAUCAUCAACAUGUCCUCUGCUACGCACUACGCCGGAGAGAUACACAUGGAUGACUUGAACAGGAGGAUCUGCUACAGCUCCCACGGGGCCUACGCCCAAAGCAAACUGGCUCUGGUCCUCUUCACCUACUACCUGCAGGAGCAGCUGACGGCCGGCGGCUUCCCUGUGAUCGUCAACGCCGUAGACCCCGGCAUGGUGGACACGGCGCUGUACGACAACCUGUGGAGCCUCGCUCAGGCGAUGAAGAAGCCUGUGGCCAAGAUACUGUUCAGGACUCCAGCAGAGGGAGCGUCCAUAUCCGUCUAUGCUGCAGCUGCCUCAGAGAUGGAGGGCGUGGGGGCCUGUUACCUGUACAACAGCCACAAGAGGCAGUCCUCCGACAGCUCCUACGACUCCGAGCUACAGGCCCAGCUGUGGAAGAAGAGCUGUGAGCUCGUGGGCCUUCAGGAGGCCUGACCAUCGGUACCUGGAGCUGAACCACUGAACCAACAGCUAAACAUCUACAGCCACAGACCGUCCACACCUGCUGACACUGGUGCCUUAACAGCUACAGCGUGACCCGUGUGAAACCACGUCAACAUUCGCUCAUUUUAUUUGACGUCUGUAACUUAAAUAACGUAACAAACGUAUUUAUUUUAAGUAUAACUACACAGCUGUUCCACUGACAAAUAACCCUUCUGACAUCAAAUAAACAAAGACACGUCGUGCCCAUAUAGCUAGCGUUAAUGCUCAAACUUUAUCCACUACCUCCGCUAGUGUAGCACGCUGUACUGUGUAGUAUUAGACAUAAACGUGUGUAUUAUUACACAGAGAAAUACUUCUGUUUCUGCCACUAAAUGUGUAGUUUUUCUCGAACAUCAGUCGAGUAAUGUGCCAAAUACAACCAAGUCUUUAAUAUGUAAAUAUCCCACCAAGCUCCCCCAGUAGAGCAGCUGAGCUGUGUUAAAUAAUCACAGACAGUCGGAGCACAUGAGAUUCAUAAAUGCCUUAUAAAUAUAUAUACUUUUUUUUUCAGCCAAAAAGAUUUCAAUACUGACUGUACCAGAUCUAAUUGUUGGAAAAUAAUAACUAGCACUUCAUUGGGCUAACUCGGUGGAUUCACUUUUAGGGCAGAUUUCCCAUUUUUUAGCCUUGAUGAAAAUUCAUUUUUACAUUCAUAUUAUGAAUCUGCAUUUACAGUAAUAUAAUAUUAUUUAAUAUGCUAGAAAUCAAAGAGCCACCUCACGCUUCAGGUGAUAAUCCAACAUGUUUGCUAAGAGUGCAGAUGUUAAAACAGCUGGAGCCUGUGGUUGCAUACUGUAGGUACUAUCAUACUAUAGGUACUAUCAGUACUAUCAUACUAUAGGUACUAUUAUAGGUACUACUCAUUCAUCUCAUUAAUUCCAUGAAGAGAAUAGAACCAACGAUGAUGAAUCCACAUCCACCAUGCUGCUGUACUACUGAUGCUAAUGUGGAUUAAUCCGCCACUGAAAAUAGUCCCCAACAAAUGCACUAUUUCCUCCCGUUUGAGUAACGUUUGAUUAAAAUUAAAAAUACUAAUAGUAUAAAAUAAGAGUCGAUAUAAGACACUAGUGUCUUUAAUACCUGUAAAAUGUGCUGUAUACAUUUGGAAACUGUAUUUCAAUCAAACUGAUCAUAUUGCACUCAAAUGUUUACCACGAUCACUGUGAGGUAUGCCUUUUUCCAGCGUGUAUUCAUGUAUAGUCAUGUGAUAGGUUGCAUUUAUUAUUAUUAUGAUAUACAGAUUAAGAAAGAUGUCCCACUUAUUAACAAUAUGUUAAUAAACACUAAUAAAUAAA